UUGGACUGCCCUUCUUGAAGACAACAGCGGUGUAGUCUCCAAGUUUUUGAGAGGUUAAAUCGUUUUCAAACAUGUAACAAUCUCUCCGCGACGUGUCAUAUCACGGACGUUUGUAGUUUUUAUUGAUUCAACAGAGCCUAAUUGACAACGAUUUCUACGCGCAGGCUUUUCAGGUGGACAGGAAACGUAUUGAUCCUGAAACGGUCUUUUCAGGUGGACAGGAACAGUGUUUCUUCGUAUGCAAUGGAGUUCUGCGAACCAUCGCUGUUUUCUUUUGGAAUAAUAGCAGAUGUACAAUAUGCCGACAUUGACGACGAGUCAAACUUUAAACAGACUAGAAAACGAUACUACAGGAACAGCCUGAAGCUGUUGCAGAACGCGAUUGAUGCCUGGAUUGUGGAAAAAGUCAAGCCGAGCUUCAUUCUCCAACUUGGUGACAUAAUCGAUGCUUUCAACAAAACGCACGACGCCUCCCAAAGCGCACUGGAUACUGUUCUGAGGGAAUGUGAGCGUGGCCCACCAAUGCAUUUCGUGUGGGGAAACCACGAAUUUUAUAAUUUUAGUAGAGACACUCUCCUGUCGUCCGCACUGAACAGCAAAUGCCACUCAGGGCACCUCUUGGAUAACCACGACUUUUACGCAUAUCAUUUUAGCCCAGCCCCAAAGUUCCGCUUUGUUUUGAUUGACAGCUACGACAUGGCCAUCAUUGGUCAUGAUGAGUCCAGUGCCAAGUACCAGCACUCUCUGAAAUAUCUUAAGAACCACAACAGUAAUGAGGACCUCAACUGCCCGCCAGCAUUGUCAGGACUGGAGCUGAGAUUUGCCAAGUUCAACGGCGGUUUCAGUCAGGACCAGCUGCGGUGGCUAGAUGAGGUGCUCACUAAAGCUGAUGAGAUGCAGGAGAAAGUGACUAUUGCGUCCCAUCUCCCGGUGCAUCCACUGGCCACUGAGCCCAUGUCUCUGGCCUGGAACUACCCCGAGCUGCUGUCCCUGCUCCAGGCCCAUAGGAGUGUGGUGUGCUACAUGGCCGGCCAUGACCAUGAGGGGGGAUACCACAGAGAUGAGACCACGGGGAUCCAUCACCUGACCCUGGAGGGCGUCGUCGAGACCCCGCCAGACAGCCAGGCCUACGGGACGGUGUACGUGUACGAGGACCGCAUGGUAGUCAAGGGCAACGGGAGGAUGAGGGACCGUGAGAUGAUGUACCCAGACAGACUGGCUGGAUAGAACAGGAUAUGGUAUGAGCAGGGACGUUGACGGCUCCGGCUGAGCCCAGGACAAAGCCAUCCGAAAGGCCUGCCCACUCAUUUCUGGGCCCCAUCUUCCCUGUGCCCUGGACAAGUGACCCUUUUGUGUGUGUGUGUGUGUG